AUGGUUUCCGCGAUCUCCCUGACACGCUUGCUCUCUGUGUUGGCCCUCCUGCCGGCCGUCGCUCUCUCCACACCACUCACUCUAUCAAACCUCAAGAGACAAGACGACCCUAUUCCAAACAGAUUCGUCACCGACACGACAGACGCCUUUUCAUCCGGCGACUAUGGCGACAUCACCUUGACGAACUCUACAUGCGAACUCGUCACGAUUGAAGGUCCUUUUGGGAGCAUCCAGUCGUAUCAGACAGGGUUUGAGGGUGCUCGGUCUGGCACUGAUACCAGCGAUCACUGGAGGGCCUUCCGCGGCAAGGAUGCUGUCGUCUUCGGGAAUAAUGAGCGUGUCACAGAGUUUGCCUUCCAAGACAGAGGCGAAGGCCUCUAUGCCGGCUUCAAGAUCGUCACGGACACUGGCAGGACCCAGUACGACACGAACUACGCAGCCUCCGACCCGAGCAUGUACCCGCCAUGGCUGAAUGUCCCCGUCGGCUCCGGGAUCCUCGCCCGCAUCCGCGUCUACUACUGUGAAAACGGUAUGGUGGGCCGCUUGGGCGUCGAUUUCAUCAACGACAUCGAAUCCGUUUCCAUCAGCAAGAUCGAGUUUAAUGGGUUCACGAAUAAUAUUAUGCCGGCCGGUAAAGGAGAGACAAUUUCCGUCGGCUCCCAGAUUCUUGAUGCCCGCAACUCGAGCACUGAGCAGUGGACUACACUGAUGACAACCGAUGCUGUCACCAAGUCUCACUCUGUCAACGUCGGCAAGACAUGGUACGUAGGCGGCAAGGUUGGGCUUGAGGCCGAGGCAGGAAUUCCUUUCAUCGGAAAGUCCAAGGUUUCGGCCGAGUUCAACUGGCAAGUUGGCGGUACCAGCAACGAAGAAGAUCUGGAAUCCGAAACCAUAACCAAGUCAUCCACUGUCCACCUCAAGUGCCCUGGUGGCAAAUACUGCGUCGGCACGUCCUUUUAUACCAACUUCAAGAUGAACGUUGACGUCGUGGCGACGUUUCGGGCUAAGACCAAAGCCGGGGCAGAAUACUUCUGGAAGCAAAAGGGCUCCUACAAUGGCGCGGAUUCUCUCGCACUGCAACUGACAGUCGACGAGACAGAGGAGCCCCCUGCUCCUGUCCGUCGGUCUGCGGUGGCGAGGAAGUCCUAG